AUGUCAAGAUCCAGUCCUUUCUGUGUCACUUCCAAAAUUCCAACAAUAGGAAGCCUGUGCUUGCUACCGUUCCAGCUGGUGCUCUCAGAUCUGUCAUGUGAAGAAAAUGAAAUGUGUGCAAAUUCUGAGGACCAGCAUUCUGAUGGAUGGUAUAUCUGGUUCCUACUGAUGAUACUCUUGGUGGUUCUCCUCUGUGGAGUAGCGCUUCUCUGUCUCCGGUCCUGGCUGAAAAGGUGCCGAAUAGAUGAUCCUCCCAGACGCACCGUGGCUGUUUUUGCUGUUGGAGACCUGGAUCUCAUUUAUGAGACAGAAAUGGCUGGAAGUCCAGCAUCUGGAACCGGCCUUCCUGCUCCAAACACUGAACUGGGUCCUGCUCCAUGUUUUAGUGCCUUAGGUCCUCCACCUCCAUAUGAAGAGACUCUUAAAACAAGCUGA